AAUAUGGUUGCCGGUUGUUUACUUCGUCCACGUGAGUGGCCGCCCCGCCGGUGUUUAUGAGGCGCGUAUGUAAAUGGUUAUAACUGCGAUCAUUUCAUGAAAUACGCUUGAAGAGUGCAAGAAAAUGUCUCUUUCGGAAAGUAGGAAGAAAAUGUUCCAAUAUUCGCUUUCUCAGAUAGAAACCUGCAUUAAAAAUGGUACGUUCGGCAGGGCGCUCGCGCAUUUCUGCGUAGUUUUCAAGCUGCGGCCGUCUACGAAGAACGAUCUCAAAGAGGCAUUCUUGCUCGCAGUAGGUAAACACACCGAUAAAUUGGAAGCCGAGGAAAGAUGGACCGAACUGUUCGAUUGCUACGAGGAACUUCUGAAAGCAUAUUACUCGUGUGAAGAGCUACACCAUUCGCUGGGAGCAUUGUUGUUAAGGCACGGCCACAUAAAAGCGGCAGCAUGCAGUAUACGGAAGGCACUGGAGAUCAACCCAAACUUCACAGCAGCUCGUCAGAGCUUGGAUGGACUGAGGACGUUGCUCAUAGAACGCUGGCACUUCCGGAUGUUGAAUGACUUGUCAAGAAAUGAAGCUUUUCACGAUGCCAUCACAGCUGCUGUCCAGAAGGGUCAUAAGAAUGUGCUCGAUAUCGGAGCAGGAACUGGCUUAUUAAGCUUAUUUGCCCUCUCUGCAGGUGCAGACAGGGUGUACUCAUGUGAAAUGUCCUCGACUUCAUGUGAAGUUGCACGCACUGUAUUUGAGGAGAAUGACUUUGGCACCAAAGCCUGCGUAAUUAAUAAGCACUCCACAGAGCUUGCCAUUCCUGGUGAUCUUGAUGAGCGUGUCACGCUUGUGGUUACCGAAACAUUUGAUGCUGGUUUGUUUGGAGAACAUGUUCUGAAGAGCCUGAACCAUGCAUGGGAGUACCUUUUGAAUGUGGAACCAUCUGCAUGUUGCCAACCAAAAGCCACUGUGAUACCUGAAAAUGCUGAGGUAUUUGCCUGCCUAAUUGAAAGCCAAUGGAUCAGGAGUGGGCAAAAGGUUAGCAGAGACGUGCUGGAGGACAUUUUGAAGUUGGAAAAUGUUGAACUGAAUGCUGCAAGUCAUGAUGAACAACCAUACGACUCGGAAAAACUGAGCCAGGUGAAGCUUGGCUUCCUGAGGCUUUCUGAACCUUUUCAUCUGCUCUCAGUGGAUUUCAACAGUCGCAAGGAAAUUCAAAAUCUCGUCAAAGGCAUACAAUGGAGAGAGAAAGUCUGCUGCACCCAAUCUGGCAUCCUGGACGCUGUUUGCUUGUGGUUUCGGCUCAAAGUUGGAGAUGCGUGGCUGGACACAGGACCAGACUCAAACAGCUGCUGGGAACAAGCCAUAUUCACAGGUCCAAGUGCACAGGUGUCAUGUGGCGAAGUGGUUGAACUCGCCGUGUCCUGCCAGAGCCACAUCUCCAUGCGCUGCACUUUAGAGUCACCGGGCAAAGCCUCUCAGAAGGAAGUGUUGAGCUUAGAGCCUGCCAUUGUACGUGCAAUUAAUGGACAAGCACAUGCAAUGGCGCAGAUUUCUGAAAAAAUGAGUGGAACACUCGAAGAACGCUCUUCACAAAGUAUACUGGAUAUUUCAAGUAUCCCAAUCCUAGGCUUGCUCCUUGUGCAACGUCAACCUAACUGGAGGCUCACUUGUAUGCAAAACUCAGAUUUGAAAGAUAUUGUUGCCCAUUUUGUGAAGGCUCAUAAGUUGGAAGCGUCUGUUUACAUGGCAGAAAGCCUGGAGGAACUGUACAGUGACAAACAGAAGCAGUACGAUGUGUUUAUCGUUAAUGUUUUCGAAUCAUCUGGGCUUUUGCGGCAAGGUAUUCUUGAAGACAUUGCUCUGCUAAGAAAAAGCUGCCUGAAACCUGACAUUACCAUGGUUCCUUCUUCGGUAACUCUCAGUGCUUUACUAGUUGAGAGCGAAACGUUGGAAAAACAGUCACGCCUAGUAUCUGACAGCAGCACCCUUGGCUUCAGAAUUGCGGAUUCCAUCAAUGCUUUUCAGGUACAGAUGCAGCAAGACAUCUGCCUUGCAACACUUCCGCAUCGUGCGCUGUCUGAUGUAUUCACUUUGCUGGAAAUCAACACGUCAAACAUUGGAUUUGAUUUGCCCGAAAUCUCGGCAGUUCGGUCUGUGCCCUUGCUGCAAACAGGGCGGAUAUCUGGCUGUUGCUAUUGGUUCGAACAAGAGUGCUUUGGUGGAAUCACUCUGAGCAGCUACAGUGUUGAAGACACAUCUCUGCAAGCAGGUGUUGUGUUUAGCAGUGGUGUGCACGGUGCUGCGGGAACUACAGUAAGGGUUGGGACAUCGUGUGUGGACAGUAACAUCAACAUCUGGCUCGACAAUGUCAGAAAUGGAAAAGUGUUGCAGUAAAGGUCUUGGUGUCAAAAAA